AUGUCCGAACAGAUCAAAGAAACCGCCAAAGAGGAAGUGGAGCGCGUCAAAGCCCUGACGAAAGAUGCAGUCCGCUCCGGCGCCUACAUCUACCCCUUCAAGGGCAUAGCCUACUUCCUCUCCCACCGCUCGAUCCAGAAGCCGCUCUUCAACAAGCUCGCCCCGACCAUCACGACCGGCAUCGGCGUCACGACCUUCAUGUUCCUCUUCACGUACAUUCCCCAGCUGGCCGUCCUCGCCAUCUUCAACGGGCCCAUCGCGGUCAUCAGCACGGUGUUGCUCGUCCUGAGCGAGAGCAGCACGAUUGCGAAUCUGCUCUCGCGCGGCUUCUUCCUGGAGGAUGCGCUGAUCGACACGUUCGACGGCACGCUCGUGUCGAGGGGAAUGACGGAGAUGGUGUCGGAGGGCCGCCACAUCAAGCCGGGAAGCGACCCGAUGGCGAAGCUGGGGAAGCUGAUGAAGAAGCCCUUCGCCCGCUUCACCCCGCAAGCACUGGUCCGCUACCUAAUGUACCUGCCCCUAAACUUCAUCCCCGUAAUCGGCACCGUCCUCUUCGUGCUGCUGCAGGGCCGCAAGCACGGCCCCAGCGCGCACGCCCGCUACUUCCAGCUGAAGGGCAUGUCCGGCCCGCAGCGCGAGAAGUUCGUCGAGGAGCGCCAGGCGGCUUACACCAGCUUCGGCGUCCCCGCUGUGCUGCUGGAGCUCGUGCCCAUCGCGGGCAUCUUCUUUGCGUUUACGAAUGCCGUCGGCGCCGCGCUGUGGGCGGCGGACUUGGAACAGCAUGGGAGUACCGCGCCGGGGCUUAGGGAGCAGGCUAGGAAGGCGGAGUGA